AUGACUGAUCUCAACCCCCCCUUCCCCCCUCCUCUGAUUCCGGUCAUCAUUUCUCAGGAGCGUACAAAUCAGCAGCAGGGUGUGGCUGAUCUGGCAAUGGAUGGUCAAGACCAUAUGGUCGAAGAGGUUCCGGAGCUGCGGCGAGGAUGCUUGAUUGUAACGACCAGGUAUCUAGCCAGUGAUCUACCUCCUCUGCAUAGGCUGGAAGAUAUCUUUGCUGACAUGGCAUCCAAGGCCCUCGAAAGGGGGUUUUCGGAUGUCCUCUGCCAACUCGGCAAGCGGCCACUCCGUGUGGCAACGAUGUGUUCAGGAACGGAAGCCCCGUUACUGGCCCUGGACAUGAUUUCAACGGGUCUAGGUAUGGACCUGCAACUCCGGAUCUCGCAUGCUUUCAGCUGUGAGAUUGUUCCGUUCAAGCAAUCAUACAUUGAACGGAACUUCCGCCCUCCCCUCCUGUUUCGUGACAUUAAGGAACUCGGAGGAGAUGUGGCACAAACGGCGUAUGGGUCGCCGGAAUUGAUCCCCGGUAAUCUCGACGUACUAGUUGCAGGAACUGCCUGUGUCGACUUUUCCCCGCUGAACAACUGCAAGAAGACUCUGCAGCAAGACGGCGAGUCUGGGGCCACGUUUGAUGGCCUAUUGCGGUAUGCGGAGAAAUAUCGACCCCGUUUGAUCAUCCAGGAGAAUGUUCGGACUGCCCCAUGGGCACAGAUGAAGGAUACUUGGGAGGGUCUCGACUACAUGUCCGUCGAUCUAAAAGUCGACACAAAGCACUACUACAUCCCGCAGACACGUGAACGUGGGUACUUGGUGGUCAUUGACAAGCGCCGUUUGGAAGCAGCGGGCGUGCUUGCAGACCUCAAAUGCCAGGUCGAUCUUCAAAAAGUCGACCAGCACGUUCGUGAUCUUGUUCGCUUCUUCAAGAGGCAAGCAAGUGCGCCUGUCGGAAUGUUUUUGCUGUCUGACGACGACCGUCGACUGGAGACUAUCGAGAAGAAGGCGUGUCUAGAGUCUCGAAGCGAAACCGGCUGGCAGAACUACCAGUCUCGUCAUCAGCGCCAUCGUGACGAGCUGGAACUAGGCAAUGAGCGCCCGAUUACUCGAUCCCAACCCGGAGUCAAUUUGCUCAAGGCACCCGAUUUCUUCUGGCAUCGUUUCAUCAAGACGCAGCCCGAGAGAGUGUGGGAAACUGUGGAUAUGAAUUUCCUGAAGAAGAUUGUUAGUGGUUACGACAUGAACUUUAAGGAGCGUUGGAUUGACCUGUCUCAAGGUGUCGAUCGAGGGCAUGACAUUCUUGCUGCGUCUGGAAUCGCUGGUUGUCUGACCCCCAAAGGCAUACCAUUCUUGACCACCCGCGGAGGACCUGUGUCUGGUACAGAGGCUCUUUCACUGCAAGGGCUGCCCCUCAACAGAAUGCUGUUAACGACAGAAUCCCAAGCCGAUUUGAUGGAUAUGGCUGGAAAUGCAAUGACGAGCACCGUCGUCUGUGCAGUGAUACUCGCGGGCCUGAUCGCCGCGUACAAAAUCCUUGACAUCGACAAUGGAUCGACAGAGUCCACUGUCCCCGAGGAUAAUCCGCUUCUUAUCAGCAAUGAAUAUAGACUUGUAAGGAGCAGCCUUGGAGACACCUCGACUCGCCCUGUCAACCACCAUGAUCUCAAAGCAUUGUCAGCAAGCACUGUCAUGUGUUGCUCAUGCGAGAGGCAGACCGGCGUCAAGGAUCCAAUUUUCACCUGUACCCUUUGUGGACACUCCGCUUGCAUUUCCUGCCAUGGAAAUCCCACGCACUCAUAUCUACGUAAAUCCCACUGUCGACUUGAACCGUCAGAGUUUAUCGCAACUAUCAAAGAACUUGUUCCCAUGAAGCUUACGCUUUCGGGAUUUUCUGAACUAAAUUUCGAAGCAUACAAAUCUUUUUACCUUCUGAAGGACCUCUCAAAAUUCUGGGACGGCUUCAUGCACACCGUCAAAUCACUUUGCACCGAUGUUUUCCAAUUUUUCGAAGUCAAGCGCGGAAGGUCUUGGCGAGUCAUCUAUCAAGGACCGCACUCCAGCUUGUACCUUGAGAUUGGACCGGACUCAAUCCAGUGGCUUUUGUACGGAAAACCACCCCAGUCCGCGAGCACUAGAAGCUACAUUCGAGAAGUGUUAGCAAAGCCAAUCGCACGCAUGAGACCAAACAAUGGGUCGUUUAUAGAAGGUGUCUGGGAAAUGUGUUCCCCUGUGAGCACAGCUUUCACUGUCAACAUCACUGGAACAGAGCAACAAGUCAAAUCUUUCGAAGCAGAAUGUGGUCUCAAAGGCGCCAAUUUCGUCAACAGUCAAGUUUGGACUCAUCUUUACGUUGAUGCAUCAGAUGCCGAUCUCGCAAACCUUGACCACAACAUCCGAGGAUUUUAUGAGGCUCUUCCUCACUGUGGCACAUCACUCGGAGCAAUGUACCGAAGGAAAGGCACUGAUAUGCAGCCUGCUAUCUACCUCUUUCUUGACACGCAAAAGCUCACCCUCCCCAAAGACGAUGCCUGUGUAUUCUCUCUUGGUCACAGCCGUCUUCCUGGAUAUGAACAAAGAAUGUCCAUCGCCGAGUUGUCGCCAACUUGGAGAGCAAUGAAUACACCACAAGGUCCGAGAAAAGUCACUGCCUAUUGUCGACAUUGGCUGAAGGCUUCCGACGUGAAGUUGAAUAUCCAUCAUGAAGAGAUAACUCACUACGCCUUACCGCAAGGAACUCAGAUCUUGAUCACAAACGUGAAAUGUCACGAUGCUUACAUCCCCCUCGCUUCAUUGUCCGUCCCAACAAUGAUUCAGAACUUGCCCGACGCAAAGCCCGAGUGGCAAGCAUGGGAUCCUGUGGUAUCAAUGAGAGAACUGAAAGAACUUGCUUGGCUAUUCCAAAAGAUCGCUGGAUGGUCCAAUUUCAAAGAAUGGAACAAAAUAGGCUAUUCCGAAAGUCUGGGAAAUGUCCAUGAAGUGACUGCGAACUGCGACGUCUGCAAUCCACAUCAACCCAGUAUCAUCUGGGGACGGGACAGCCAGGAGCGUAUCAUGCCCUAUGAGAGCCCUCAGGAUGCUGCUAUCUAUGAACGUGCUAUCAAGUCUCGACCCUCGCCCUUUACGGUAUUCAGAAGAGUCAAUGAGCAAGGAGAUGGAGAAUUGUGCUUCGCUCUCAACGUUCAAGUUCUGAUGCACCAGGUACAUGGAAAAUUGGUUGGCUUCAAAUCCCGUGAGAACAUCGCCUCUCACUGGCGACUUCUUCCCCAUGCAUACGAUAUGCAGAAGUCUGAGCUGAGCCAACAAGACACUGAUCGCAAGUUCACACUGUUGGACAAUUCAAACGACACUCCUUCAUCACAGCCUCCCAACUUCCUGUUUUCUCUACGCAACGAGCAACUUAAAUCGCUCAGCUGGAUGAUUUCCCAAGAGGCAGAUGAUAUUGUACCCUUCAUGGAGGAAGAAGUCGAAGAAUCCAUCCUCCCUUUGAUGCCCUGGCGUGCCGAAGUCAAAGCGACAGUCCCCAAGAUUAUUCGCGGCGGCGUGCUGGCUGACGAGGUUGGAUAUGGAAAGACGGCAAUUGUUCUUGGGUUGAUUGAUGCACAGUACAAACAAGACUGCAGUCGAAUUUCGGAUGAAAGCGAGAAGUUGAUCCCCACAAAGGCAACACUCAUCAUUGUGCCAAACAACGUGUUCAAGCAAUGGCAUACGGAAACCAAGAAAUUCCUUGGAGAGAAAUACAAGGUCCUUGCACUGGAGUCGAUCACGAAGACUACCAUUCGAGACAUCCAAGAUGCUGAUAUCGUUAUUCUGUCAUGGAGUAUCCUGGCAAACGACAGCUACUACACCAGACUUCAAAGAUUUACCGGAACACCGCAAGCCCCCACAAGAUCGGGCAGGGGAACAGGUCGUAAUUUCGACAGCUGGUUCCACGACGCCCGUGCUUCCCUUCGGGAGCUUGUUGGUACUUUGAGAUCCGAAGGCCCUGACGCAUUGCUGAAAGCAAUUGAAGCAAAACGUCGCAAAGUUCAAGCAGAAAAGGCCGAUUGCACAUAUGUGCCUUCCAAACGCCUCAAAGGCAAAUCAUUUGCAGCUGCUCAGCAAAAGGCAGCCAAGGACGAGUCCAAUACAGCAGCUACAGCACAGACGACUGGGACUGAAGAAUCUUUGGGUCCUGGCAAAGGUUUGAACCCGGCUGAUUCUGGAUACGAAGACUCUGAUCAAUCUGAUUCCGACGACAACGAUCGUGAUGCGAACGCAAGCCAGCGCAAGCGAAGACCCAGCACACAGAAAAUGAAAUUCCUAGGAGGAAAGCGAAAAAAGACACAGUCUACUGACCCAGCAGUCUCAGAUGUCAAACAUUCAGCCCGAUCGAAGGUGUUACCAGAUGAUGCAACAGCGUUCGGCAUUCGUGCCGGGCAGGGUUGGCGCACUGUUGCUGCUUUCAUCCACACCUUCGACUGGAAUCGUUUGAUUAUCGACGAGUACACAUACGCUGAGGAGGAACGACAGGUGUCCCUGCUGUCAGUGCAGGCUCGAUCUAAAUGGGUUCUUUCAGGAACACCCGAACUCAGUGAAUUUGCCGACAUCAAGAGUAUUGCUCGCUAUCUAGGCCUUGAACUUGGUAUUGAUGACGAUGGCGAUAGUGACAGAAUAUCUCAGAACAAGAGGCUGCGAAUGAUCCGCAAGAAUCAUACUGCUGCUGAAGCUUUCCAGAGGUACCGAGCUCCUCGGAGUAACGCAUGGUACAGAAACCGUGAACAGCAUGCUCAAAGAUUCCUUGACCAAUUCGCACGUCAGAACAUCGCACAGGUCGAUGAUAUCCCACUCGUGACUAACAUUGUUCUCGUUGACCAAACACCAGAAGAGAAACAUGCGUACGACAUCUUGUAUGAUGCGGUUACGGAAAACCGCAAGCGCAUCGACGGUCCCCUGAACAACCAUCUCAUAAAGAGCCAGUCUCUUCCAGAAGCUCUCAUCAUGUGCUGCACAACGACCAGGAUUGGCAAGCCUCAGUGGGGCAUUGAGAAAUGUCGCACGACGUUGGAAACCAGCGUAGCCAAAUCUGCGGCCAACUGGACGAAGCUCGACAACCUAUGCCGACAGGUGAUUGUAGUGGGAUACAACAACCACGACAACCCAUUCAACUUCCAGGUACUGACGCAAUUCAUCUCCAAGUCAAAAAUUGGAGAUGCGCAAGUCAGCAACAAAUUUUACGAGCUCUUGUUCAAUUACCAACAGUCGUACCAAGAAUGGAUUGUGCUCAUGGAACACCAGAACAUAAUCACCAAGGUCAACGACAGAUUCGAAAAGGCUCUUAGUGCAACGGUUGCGAAGGGCACCAGACACCGACAAUCCGCAGAAGCAGAAGCAGAAACCACCGCCGACGAUGAAUCACAAGAACCAUCUCGUAAGAAGGUCAAGACGUCUACAGGAGCCUCUGGCGAGGAUCACAAACAAGCAUCCCUCGCCAUGAGCAAGACCUUGAUCAACGACAUCAUAAAUUCGUUGAAGUCGGCCAUUGAAUCCGACCGCGAAAUCCGCUUCUACAAUGCAUUGCUUGCCAUCCACGCCUCCACCAUUCCAACCUGCAAUGGCUGCGCUGAGAACCAGCAGGACAUUGCCAAAGUCGGCAUUCUCCGAAUCUGUGGACACGCCCUCUGCAAGAGUUGUACCCAAGCUUCCCUCGAGGACAAAAGGUGUGUCUGCCUGGAAUGCGACGGCAAAGUGACAGCAGUGUCCAAGGUCAUCGCUGGCCCCUCGGUCCUGGAGGAAGAUCGUUCAAGCGAUAGUUCCAAGCUCAGGAAGCUUGUCAAAAUUUUCCGCAGCAUCCCGGAGGAAGAACUGGUUCUGAUCUUCGUGCAGAUUGGCCACCUGAUGCCAAUCGCGUCGAAUGCCCUCAAAAGCGCCGACAUAGAGCACCGAACUAUCAUCACCAACAAGGAUAUGAAGUUCAUUGACGAGUUCAUCGAGGGCCCGAAGGCCAAGAAGGGCAAAGCACAGUUCCCCCGGCCAAAGGCCCUGAUUUUGAAUCUGGGCAGCGCAAUGGCAGCUGGACUAAACCUCCAGUGCGCCAACCACGUGGUCUUCCUGUCGCCUCUGUUCGUGGCUUCACAGCCCGAAUACGCAGCCGGAAUGACCCAAGCUAUCGGCAGGGCCCAGCGGUACGGGCAGAAGCGUACCGUACAAGUCUACCACCUCGUGGUGAGAGAGACGGUGGAGGUGAACAUCUUCGCCCGGCGCAAUGCCUCCAAUGGCAAUGGGACGCUGGUCGAACGGGAUGGGGUGACCUGCCUCGUGGAGGAGGCGGCCCUCCUCCCGGAUGAUGUGAAGUGCUCGGGGAAGCGGGUGGAAGAUGAGAACGGGGAAGUUGUGUGA